AUGAGAAAUAACAAGAAACAAGAAACAAGAAACAAGAAACAAGAAACAAGAAACAAGAAACAAGAAACAAGAAACAAGAAACAAGAAACAAGAAACAAGAAACAAAAAACAAGAAUAAAGAAACAAGAAACAAGAAACAAGAAACAAGAAACAAGAAACAAGAAACAAGAAACAAGAAACAAGAAACAAGAAACAAGAAACAAGAAACAAGAAACAAGAAACAAGAAACAAGAAACAAGAAACAAGAAACAAGAAACAAGAAACAAGAAACAAGAAACAAGAAACAAGAAACAAGAAACAAGAAACAAGAAACAAGAAACAAGAAACAAGAAACAAGAAACAAGAAACAAGAAACAAGAAACAAGAAACAAGAAACAAGAAACAAGAAACAAGAAACAAGAAACAAGAAACAAGAAACAAGAAACAAGAAACAAGAAACAAGAAACAAGAAACAAGAAACAAGAAACAAGAAACAAGAAACAAGAAACAAGAAACAAGAAACAAGAAACAAGAAACAAGAAACAAGAAACAAGAAACAAGAAACAAGAAACAAGAAACAAGAAACAAGAAACAAGAAACAAGAAACAAGAAACAAGAAACUAG